AGAUUAUAUGUAAUCCCAAAGUAGAUUAAUAAUUAAUAGGUGUCAAACAAACCCAACUUAGCCCACCUAUAAAUAUGGCCUGACAUGCUUAAGAGUUAAGAAACCCCACAAAAUAAAAAACAAAAACCUUUUUUUAUUUCAUUGGAAACUCCAAAACUGGAAGAAAAAAAAAAUGGAAGAAAUUUCAGACAGAUUCUCUUCUUUGCCUGAACCAGUUGUUCUUCAUAUACUCUCUUUUCUCCCUUUUGACGAUGUUGUUCAAACUAGCCUUCUUUAUAAACAAUGUACAACUCUUUGGACCAUUUGUAACGCCCUUAAUUUCAUUCAUCGUCCUGUGGAUUCUAUUUCUUUAAGAAAGUUUGUUUCUUUUGUUGACAAAUCACUCAUAAACUUGCACUGUAACACCAACGGUUUUUCAAAACUUCAUCUUGAUUUCCCUUUCAAACGUUGUUUUUCAUCUGAUGUUACUGUUUGGGUCAUUUUUGCUGUCAAACAUAAGGUUAAAGAACUUAACUUGAUUCUUUCCAAUGAUGAUGAUGAUAAGUUUAGUCUGCCUAAGAGAGUUUUUGUUAACUCUUUUCUUGAAAAGGUGAAUUGGGUUGGUUGUAAGUUUGACAUGAUUGAGGUUGUGAGAUGUGAUUCUUUGAGGGAAUUAAGAAUGGGAUCGAUGGAAUGUAGUGAUGAAAUGGUGAAAAAAUUUAUUUCGGGUAGUCCAUGUUUGGAGUUAUUGGAGUUGGAUAAUUGUUGGGGUUUUAAACGUUUGGAUUUAGUGGAUGGUAAAGUGAGUAAGUUGGUGGUGAAUGGGCAUAAUGAAGUGAAGAUGGUAUAUGAUUUUGAACUGGAAAUUAAUGCACCUUGUGUUAAGGUGUUGGAGUUAAAAGGUUGUCUUGGAAUGAAUAUUAAGUUGAGGAAUGUUAUGAAAUGCGUUUCUGUUAAGCUUGAUUAUCAGUUUAAGACACCUGAUGAUGAGGAACGUGAUGAGUUUUAUCACCGGCAAAGACAAAUGUUGAUGAACAUGCUUAUGGCUUUAAGGCAUGUCAAAGAUGUUAUGUUAGGGACCUGGUGCAUUGAGGUUAUGGCAUCUUGGGGCAUGCAAUAUAUGCCAUUCACCAUGGGCACCUGCGAGUGUUUAACACUGCAUACUCCCAUACAAGAGCGCUAUCUCCCUGGCAUUGUAUGGCUAUUACAAAGUGCAUUCAACCUUCGAACGUUGAUCAUACAUAUGGCCACACCCUACUUCGAGUUCGAGACUUGCUUUAUUCCAGGUCUAAACAAUUGUUUCUCUACUAGAGGAAUGUCUCGACUCUCUAUGCUUCCUCAAGAUUGGGGCGUUCACCUUAAAAAGAUUAGGAUUUGUGGCUUUGAAGGAAUGCGAUCUGGUCAAGAAGUUCUAUUUCUAUGCGAUCUUCUUUUGAUAUCUGCUAACCUUGAGAUAAUGGUCAUUGAAUGGAGAGCUGGACAUCACAACCCAACUAGCGAUGAAUCAGAUGAGUUCGUGACUGAAAGUUUAAUAAGCGUACAAAGACGCUCAAAGAAUUCUAUGAUUUUGUUCAAAUACUACUAACUCAUGAACCCGAAAGUUGAUCCAAUUCAUGCCUUUC